AUGACGCCAUACCAACGUUUAUUUCUGCUGAUAUUACUCUUAAAUGGAUUGGCUACAAUUUUGACAGCAAGACGGCGAUUUAAUUUGGAAUUACACAAUAUAACCUGUGAAAAAUAUGGCCCAACCCUAGAGUUUUUCGAUUGUGAUUUCCGUAAAAUCGACAAUAAUCGCUAUCUUGUAAAUGCCAAAUUUAAUAUCGUACGUGAUUUGGAUCAAAAUGCCGAAAUACAAGUGUUGGCUUAUUUUACACCCACCAAUAAUGUCCUUUCGAAAGCUGUGAAACUUUUCGAUUUGAAAUUGAAAGUUUGUGAGAUUUUAGGUAAAAAGAUGUCCGUUCCGCUAUUGAAUCAGAUUAUGAAUGAAAUUCGCAAAAGUGGUAAUUAUCCAUACAGUUGUCCAUUGAAGACGAAUUAUAUAUACAGUAUAAAUAAUUAUUCAUUAACUGGAGACAUGAUACCGGCAUACACACCAAUU